AUGGCGUGCCAACCCGACCCAGAAGCCUGCAAAGGCUGCGCUCAAUCCCCCUCCAGCGCCCACGCCCACGCCAACGGCCACAUCGCAGACAUCGAAGACUACAAAACCGAGCUGCAAACCCUCCGAGCGCGAACCGAGGACCUCGAAGCGCAACUCGCAAAACUCAAUGGAAAUGGAAGAAGAGACCUCCGGUCCGCGAAAUGGUUCCAUCGUCAGGACGACAAAGCCCUCUCCGCGCUGUACGUGGACCGCUACCUGAACUACGGCCUGACAAAAGAAGAACUCCAGUCGCGGAAACCCAUCAUCGGGAUCGCCAAUUCGGGCUCCGAUCUGGCGCCGUGUAAUCAGUACCAUACGACCUUGGCCAAGCGGGUCAGAGAGGGGAUUCGAAGCGCCGGCGGCAUCGCGAUGGAAUUCCCCACGCAUCCGAUCCAGGAAUCGAGUCGACGGCCGACCGCGACGCUGGAUCGGAAUCUAUCGUAUCUGACGCUUGUGGAAUUGUUGUAUGCGUAUCCGUUCGAUGGGGUGGUGUUGAUGACGGGAUGCGACAAGACGACACCGGCGUGUCUCAUGGCCGCUGCGACGAUGAAUCUCCCGGCGAUAUGUCUGAACGUGGGACCCAUGCUGAAUGGGUAUCACGGAAACGACAGGAUUGGGUCCGGGACGGUGCUCUGGAAGGCGAGGGAAUUGCAUGCGGCGGGGGAGAUUGACGAUGAGGAAUUGACGGAUUUGGUGACGAGGGGCACGCCGAGUGUGGGGCAUUGUAAUACGAUGGGGACGGCGAGCACGAUGAAUGCUCUUGCUGAAGCGCUCGGGAUGGCCUUGCCAGGGAGCGCGACGAUCCCGGCGCCGUAUCGGGAACGAGCGCAGUGUGCUUAUAAGACCGGCUUGCAGAUUGUGGAGAUGGUGAGGGAGGAUAGGAAGCCGAGUGAUAUCAUGACGAGGGAAGCGUUUGAGAAUGCUAUCGUUGUCAAUACGGCGAUUGGAGGGAGUACGAAUGCUCCUAUUCACCUGUCCGCGGUGGCGAAGCAUAUCGGUGUUCCUCUUACGUUGGAUGAUUGGGACCGGAUAGGGUAUCACAUUCCCCUAAUGCUCAAUGUCCAGCCGGCGGGAGAGAUGCUCUGUGAAGAGUAUUACCGAGCAGGCGGCUUGCCAGCAAUCAUGGCCGAACUCCUCGAACAGAACAAGCUCCACGGUUCCAGCCUCACCUGUAACGGCAAAACCAUAGCCCAAAAUGUUCAGGGAAAACACACCUGGGAUCGUCGCACGAUCCUCCCUUACACCAAACCCAUGAAACAAGAUGCCGGAUUCCUGCACAUGACCGGGAACCUCUUCGAUUCCGCAAUCAUGAAAACUUCCGUCAUUUCUCCAGCUUUUCGCUCCGAAUUCCUCGAAAACCCUUCGGAUCCCAAUGCAUUCGAAGCGAGAGCUGUGGUCUUUGAUGGUCCCGAGGAUUACAACCGAAGGAUAGAAACAGCUCCCAUCGACGAACGGACCAUCCUCGUCAUGCGCGGAGCCGGACCAUUGGGAUAUCCCGGAGCGGCAGAAGUAGUAAACAUGACAGCACCGGGCCAUCUCCUCAAAAAGGGCCUGAAAUACUCCCUCCCAUGCAUCGGCGACGGCCGGCAAUCCGGGACCUCAGGCUCCCCUUCCAUCCUCAACGCAUCCCCCGAAGCAGCAGAGAAUGGCAACCUCGCAGUCCUUCACGAUGGAGAUUUCCUGCGUGUGGAUCUGAAUCGGAGACGGGUCGAUAUGUUGAUCCCUCAGGAUGAGAUUGACCGGAGGAGGAAGGCAUUGUUGGAUAGCGGAGGGUAUCAGAUGGUGGAGAGCCAUACGCCGUUUCAGGAUCUUUUCCGGAGGGAAACGGGGCCUCUGAGUGAGGGGAUGGUUUUUCGGAGAGCGGUGGGGUUUCAGAGGGUUGCGCAGAAGGUGGAUAUGCCGAGGGAUAAUCAUUGA